CAUUGGUGGGUGGUUGCACUAUUGGAGAUAUCAUUGCAGCAUCUAUAGCUUGCUGUACAGACUCUUGAGCUUCCAGAUGGUCAAAAGGUAUAUCUGAUUCUACCCUCUGAGUUGAGGAAUUGGUUUGAAAUGCAGUCUGCGAUGUGGACAUAUCUUCAAUUUCAUCUUCUUUUAUGACAGACUUUGAAGCACUAGGCUGCUCUGAACUUCUGUUAUCAGUAUGAUUACUUUCUUCAUAUUUGAUGAUAUAUGACUUGUCUGCUAAGUCCCUUCUUGGGUUUCUAUAGAAGGUGUAAUUUAAAAUAUCAAGUGGGACUGAGGACUGUUGCAAAGUUGGUUCAGAGUUAGUUUGGAUCUGGGGUUUUUCUGGAACCCAACUAGCUGCUUUGGGAUUGAGACUGAAUGCAGUUGUUGGCAUUGUGUAGUUUGACUGUAUUGAGUCCUGUGUGUCUACUGGAAAACUGUGCUCCAACUUGGUUUGAGAUAUAUCAUGCAAUGGAACUGCUGCUUGACUUGCUACUUCUGCAUAUGGCAAAUAAUUCAAACUCUCAAAAUAAUCCAAACCCGGAAUGGGAAAAAAAAGUAAUUGAAUACUUCAGAGAGAAGCUAAAAGAAAAUAAUGCAACUAACUGGGUGCCUUCAUUGAAUGAUGUCCCUCUCCAUUAUCUGAAGCCCAAUAGUUUAGUAAAAUUCCGCUGUAUGGUUCAAGAUAUGUUUGAUCCUGAAUUUUAUAUGAAUGUUUAUGAAACAGUUGAUAUACAUACUAAAUCACGUGUUUCUCAUUUUGGAAAAUACAGAGAUAUAGCAGAAUGUUCACCUCAACAAGAAAUAGACUUAAACCCUAAACAAAUAGUCACUGCAGAUAGACAGACUUUUUAUUGUGUUCCAGUGCCUGGAGAAUCAGCAUGGGUGAAAGAAGCCUAUACUAGUGCAAGCCAAGCUCGAGUUUGUCCUUCAACGUCUUACACACCAAGUCGCCACAAGAGAAGUUAUGAGGAAGAUGAAGAUAUGGAGUUGCAUCCAUCUAAACAGAGAGAACAGCAUCUGGGAAGUGUCACUGAUAUCCAUGGUAGUGGAGAUUCAAAGCGUUUAGAAACAGAAGCUUCAUCGAGAAAUCAUAUGAUCUCCUUAAACUGCUCACCUCCACUAGAUUUAAAUUUUCCACUACCAGGAGAGAAAGGCCCUGCAUGCCUUGUGAAGAUAUAUGAAAACGGGGAUAGUUUCAAGUUGAAUGACAUUCUUGAAGUAUAUGGGAUUUUGUCUGUUGAUCCUGUUAUGAACACACUGAACAAUGAGGAAAGAGAUAAUUCAGCAUCUCCUGUGGAGUCUAUGGAUUGUAUGGACACAGUGGAAGAACAGAGAGUUCAUAGCCCCCCUGCUUCAUUAGUUCCCAGGAUCCAUGUGAUUUUAGCCCAGAAACUUCAACACAUAAAUCCACUGCUGCCGGCCUGCCUUAAUGAAGAGGAAAGCAAAAACUUUGUUUCUAGAUUUAUGUCUGAACUGUCACCAAUCAGAGCAGAGCUCCUUGGAUUCCUCACUCAUGCCUUCUUAGGAGACAGCCUUGCUGCAGAAUACCUUAUAUUGCAUCUCAUCUCCACAGUCUAUGCAAGAAGAGAUGUCCUUCCUCUGGGAAAGUUCACAGUCAACCUUAGUGGCUGUCCAAGAAAUAGUGUUUUCACAGAGCAUAUAUACCGUAUUAUUCAACAGCUCGUUCCUGCAUCCUACCGCCUGCAAAUGACCAUAGAGAACAUGAACCGCUUGCAGUUUAACCCACACAAAGACUACACUGCUAAUCGUUUGGUUAGUGGAGUAUUACAGCUGGCAAACAAGACCUCCCUGGUCAUAGAUGAGACUUUGCUUGAACAAGGGCAGCUUGACACAAGAGGCGUGCACAAUGUGACAGCACUGGGUCACCUGAUAACUUGGCAGAAGGUGGAUUAUGACUUCAGUUACCACCAGAUGGAAUUCCCAUGCAACAUUAAUGUCCUUAUCACAUCCGAGGGCAGAUCACUCCUACCGUCAGACUGUCAGGUUCACCUGCAGCCACAGCUCUUGCCACCAAACAUGGAAGAGUAUAUGAGCAGUCUUCUCACAGCAGUGCUUCCAUCCAUCCUUAACAAGUUCAGGAUUUACUUAAGCUUGCUGAAAAUGCUUGAUUACAGUAUAUCUGAUGAAGUAACCAAGGCAGUUGAAGAUGAUUUUGUGGAAAUGCGUAAAAAUGACCCAGAAAGCAUCACUGCUGAUGAUCUUCACAGGAAUCUCCUUGUAGCAAGGUUCCUUUCCCUAAGUGCUGGCCAAACGACACUUUCACGUGAGAGAUGGCUGAGAGCAAAACAGUUGGAAACCCUGCGCAAAGCCAGGCUGCAGCAGCAGCAAUGUGUCAAUGGAAAUGAACUCUAGAUUUACAGCACUUUGCAUUGCUGACGUGACUGCAAUGUAUGCCUAAUGUGUCGAGCUAGUAUGAAGAGAGCUUAUGUUUAUAUCCGGUUUUGUAGAUAAUUUAUACCAGAAAGUGAUGGCUCUUUUCUCAAAUUUAAACACAAUUGAAUGGUGUUCAACAGAUUAACAAACUGUUUGAUAUUAAAGAUUUAUUUUAAAAAAUGCUGUGUCACUUUUGCUAAAUUAUAUGUAUAUAGGGGGCACUCCUCCAGGUAGGAGUUGAAGUCCAAAACACCCGGAGGGCUGAAGUUUGCCCAUGUCUGCUUUAAAGUAGUGUGAUAAUCUCUCAAGGGAGUACUCAUUUUACAGCCAUUGUAGUAUUUACUAUUCACUUGAAUUGCCAAAGCAAGGUUAACCAAUAUAACAAUCGGGUUGAAUUGCCAAAGCAAGGUUAACCAAUAUAAUGAUAGGGUUGUUGUGUUUUCCGGGCUGUAUGGCCAUGUUCCAGAAGUAUUUUCUCCUGACAUUUCACCCACAUCUAUGGCAGGCAACCUCUGAGGAUGCCUGCCAUAGAUGUGGGCGAAACGUCAGGAGAAAAUACUUCUGGAACAUGGCUGUACAGCCCGGAAAAUAUACAACCCUGUGAUCCCGGCCAUGAAAGCCUUCGACAACACAAUAUAAUGAUCAUUCAGUAGCAUGGUCUGUUAUUAUUGUAGUAUGAAAUUGUUUUGGUAAUAUAGUUAGAUAUAAACUACUGGACGGAUCAGUGAUAUGUAAUUUAUUCUCUAGCUUCUGUAGAGGCGUUCCACAGAAUUCUGAAACACAGGUGCAUGCAUACACAUAAUUGCUGGAAACUUCACGGGUUUUGAAAACAAUGCCAUUUUCCCACAUUAACCUUCAUGUUAUACCUGAAAUCAAUGCUUCAUUAGAAACCACACCAUCCCAAAGGGUUUUUUUUUUUAAAAAAGUUCAGCUUUAAGUGUUCCAAAUGCUAUUAAAGGCACUCUUUUUAUUUCUCAAAAUAAAAAUCCACUCUGCUAUA